AAGUUUGGCACAUGCAAGAAAGAAUAACCCCCACUAAAACAAAUAAUAAUCAUAAUGAUAAAGAAGACCCUCUUUCUCUUCACUUCAUCGUCCUCCUCCAUAUAAUAAUCUCUUGAACACGGCAAAGCAACACCAGCAUCAUCAUCAUCAGUCAUCUCUCUCUCUCUCUCUCUCUCUCCCUCUCUGAUCGCCAACAAUGGGACUCUGCUCCUCCAAAUCCCAGAACAUUCCCAUCUCUUCUUCUUCCUCCCAGUCUCCCCCUCGCAGGAAACCCCACCCACCGUCUAGAGGCCCGCAGCCACAACCACCGCCAAUGCCACCGCAAUGGCAACCACCGAAACCGCCACCUUCGUUCACCGGCCAGCAGCCGCCACCGCCGUCCUCCCAGAUCGGCCCCAUCCUCCGCAAGCCCUACGUGGACAUAAACACCCUGUACAAUCUGGACCGCGAGCUCGGCCGCGGCCAUUUCGGGGUCACCUACCUCUGCACCGAACGCUCAACUGGCCUCCAGUACGCGUGCAAGUCCAUCUCGCGGUGCAAGCUGGUGACCCAGAAGGACAUCGAGGACGUCAGGCGAGAGAUCCUGAUGCUGGAGCACCUGUCAGGGCAGCCCAACAUCAUGGAGUUGAAGGGCGCGUACGAGGACCGGCAGUAUCUGCACCUGGUCAUGGAGCUUUGCUCCGGCGGCGAGCUCUUAGACCGGAUCAUUGCCAAGGGGGCGUACUCGGAACAGGAGGCGGCAAGGAUCGGGCGGCAGGUGGUGAACGUGGUGCACGUGUGCCACUUCAUGGGGGUGAUGCACCGCGACCUCAAGCCCGAGAACUUUCUGCUCGUCAGCAAGCACGAAGACGCCCCUCUCAAGAUCACCGACUUCGGCCUCUCCGUUUUCAUCGAACCAGGGAAGGUGUACAAGGACUCUGUGGGAAGUGCGUACUAUGUUGCGCCGGAAGUAUUGAAUCGAAACUACGGGAAGGAAAUCGACGUCUGGAGCGCAGGUGUCAUCUUAUACAUCCUUCUUUGCGGUUCACCUCCCUUCUGGGCAGAGAAUGAUAAUGGUAUAUUCAAAGCAAUAUUGGAAGGUGACCUGGAUCUAGAAAGCACUCCAUGGCCAUCCAUUUCCUCUUCGGCGAAGGAUCUCAUCACGAAAAUGUUGAUGAGGGAUCCUAAGAAAAGGAUCACCGCCGCAGAGGCCCUCGAACAUCCUUGGCUCCGGGAAGAUGGACUAGCAUUUGAUAAACCUAUUGAUAAUGCUAUCUUGCGAAGGAUCAGGCAAUUUAGAGCGUCGAACAAGCUGAAGAAACUUGCCCUGAAGGUAAUUGCGCAAAACCUCUCGGAAGAAGAAAUCAAGGGCUUGAGACAAAUGUUCAACAACAUGGACACUGACGGAAGUGGUACGAUCACAUUCGAAGAAUUUAGAACAGGAUUGUCUAGGUUGGGAUCGAAGCUCACUGAACCCGAAAUAAGGCAGCUAAUGGAUGCUGCUGAUGUCGAUAAGAAUGGGACCAUCGAUUACACCGAAUUCAUCACUGCCACGAUUAACCGCCACAGGCUUGAGAAGGAAGAUAAUCUGUUCAAGGCUUUCCAAUACUUCGAUAAAGACAGCAGCGGGUUUAUCACGAGAGACGAGCUGAGACACGCUAUGUCACGAUACGGAAUGGAAGACGAAGACACCAUAGACGAGAUCAUCGAGGAUGUCGACACAGACAAAGAUGGGAGAAUCAAUUACGAGGAGUUUGUGGCCAUGAUGAGAAAAGGAACUCAAGAUCAUAAUGGAAACGGGAGAUAGGAGGAAAGGUAGAUGAAUGAUUAUUUGCACUCCUUUUGUACAUUCAUCUCUAUAAUAAGCCUGGACUUCCCAAAUUAUUAUGUUUAAUAAGAUCGUUGAUCAUUGGAGAAUGGGAAUGCAGAAUAAAUAUUUUCCC